AUCGACCGCACCAUCAUGCGAUAUGAAGUAACCGGAGAUCUAACGGCGAAUUUCAUCGGACCAUCACCAGAAAACUGAACAUGUUUCUCAAUGAUUCAUAGCGGCACUGAAGAACAACUCGUUUUAGAAGCUGCCGGAUCCGAAUACCUUCAGCUUAACAGAUGUGCUUAUUAAGCAGUCGAUUGUAUGUGCUGUAAGUUAAUGUGAAAGUGUACAUUGCCCACUGAAUACAGAAGUGUGUUUGCGGAACUGAAAAUGUUCGAGACCAAAGGAGCUUUCGGCAUUUGUCUGGAUGUGAUCUGUCUGCUGCUCGCUGGACUGCCCUUUGCAGUACUGAAUAUUCAGCACAAACCUUUCAAAAGAGGAUUUUUCUGCAGCGAUGACACCAUCAAGUACCCAUUUAAAGAAGACACGAUAUCGUACCAGUUACUGAUGGGAAUUAUAAUUCCAUUCACACUGAUUGUAAUAAUCUUGGGUGAGUGCUUGCCAAUAUAUCUGAGGUCCAGAUCUUCAUUCAGUUAUGAAUACAUUGGUCGUGUGUACAAGGUCAUUGGGUCAUUUGUGUUUGGAGCGGCGUUGAGCCAGUCACUCACAGACAUCGCCAAAUACUCUAUCGGUCGCCUGCGGCCACAUUUCCUGACUGCGUGUAAGCCGAAUUGGAGUCUCAUUGAUUGCAAAUCCGGUUAUAUUGAGAACUUCACAUGCACUGGAGAUCAAACCAUCAGCAAUGAAGGCCGGCUUUCCUUUUAUUCUGGCCACUCUUCGUUCUCCAUGUACUGCAUGCUGUUCCUCGCUCUGUAUCUCCAGUCUAGACUGCGAUUCGGAUGGGCUCGACUCCUGAGACCGACUCUCCAGUUCUCUUUUAUCGCCGCGUCUCUUUAUGUGGGUCUGUCACGCGUGUCUGAUUAUAAACAUCACUGGAGUGACGUUCUCACUGGGCUCAUACAAGGAGCGCUCGUGGCUUUAUUCACUGUAUUCUUUGUAUCAGAUCUCUUCAAUACUCACAGUAAAUCUCACAAAGAUGAUGACGAUGAUGAUGAUGAAAUCGCACACACGAGCCUCAAUGAGACAUCAGACUCACCAAACCACUACAGCAGCACGCAAUGAGGCGCAAUGAGGCGAAAAGAGGCAACCGUACCACUGUACAUAGAAACGUCCAACCACUCUUUCCAUUCGUCAGAUAUGGACUUGCGCUGCAUGUCUAAGGCCAGAAACAUACUUCACGCAAGUAUGCGAGGGCUUGGCCUAUGCACAUACCAACGAGACCUGAAAGAGCAAAAUCAAGCUUGUGUAGAAUCCGAGUAUGUUUUGGGUUUAAUGCAGCUGCUGCAGUAACUGAACAUGUGGGCCGAUGUCCUCCAGAACAUAGAUGAAAUCAGCCAACCACCCAAAUUAGACCCAGGCCCACCCAGAAAAAAAUGCAUAAAUUCUGAGAACAUGAAAGAACUGUUUGAAUGCGCCGCCUCAACGUUGUUGAAGGCAAGUUUAGCCCGUCCAUUUUUAUUGAGGCCCACCCACAAAUAUUCCGGGCGAUGCCCUUGCAUGAAAUCAUUCUAACUGAUACUGAUGGAAGUAAACAUUAAUAUAUCUUCCAUAGGAGCUCCAAUUCAAAGUCACAAUCAGGUUUUUUGACAUUUUUCACAUUGCACUGCAAAAGUGCGUCUUUCAUGAAUCUACAGUGCAGAUAUGUAACAAACGUUCAAUAGAGGAGCUCUGGGUAUCUCAGCGAGUAUUGACGCUUACUAUCACUCCUGGAGUCUCGAAUUUGAAUCCAGGGCAUGCUGAGUGACUCCAGCCAGGUCUCCUUAGCAACCAAAUUGGCCCGGUUGCUAGGGAGGGUCUGUGUAUCUCAGCGAGUAUUGACGCUGACUGUCACACCUGCAGUCGCGAAUUUGAAUUCAGGGCGUGCUGAGUGACUCCAGCCAUGUCUCCUUAGCAACCAAAUUGGCCUGGUUGCUAGGGAGGGUCUGUGUAUCUCAGCGAGUAUUGACGCUGACUAUCACAUCUGGAGUCAUGAGUUUGAAUUCAGGGCGUGCUGAGUGACUCCAGCCAGGUCUCCUUAGCAACCAAAUUGGCCUGGUUGCUAGGGAGGGUCUGUGUAUCUCAGCGAGUAUUGACGCUGACUGUCACACCU